UUUUUCACAGGUUUUAUUUCCAGCUCUGUCAGCAAAUCUGCUGAAGGUCAUCAAAUUAGUCAUUGAGACGUGUUUUCUUAUCGCUGCUAAAUCCAGGAAUUCAACCUAUCUGAUAAGAUAAUUCUAAAAGGAGAUAAAGGGAGAAAAAUCCUGGGGAAGAAGGGGAGAGUCUUAAUAUUUGAUAUGGGCAGUGAUUAUUGAUAAUCACUCUGAAAUAUAUUUAAGGAAAAUUGGAUCUGUUUACCUUCUUUUACAGCAGUAGUACCCUUCUCUUCUUCCCCUUCUUUCCCAGAUCUCUAAGAGGGUCAAACUCAAUGCCAGGGCAGAAAGCCAGGGCUUGCAACAGUUUGCAAGCUCCCUCUAGCUUCCGUCGUCCCUCUCUCUCUGGCCUCUCUUCUGGCUGUAGCCGAGUGCCGGGAAGUAAGUGUGCGCGCGUGUGUGUGUGUGUGUGUGCGUGCGCGCGCGCCCACGCUUCUGUUUCUCUCCAUUUUUCUGCCAUUGAAUAGUGUCUGCCCCGCUUUGAACUGCCAGAGGCAGCGUGGAUCCAAGCUCCGGACUGAGCUGGUCGCUUUUCUCCUCCCCCUUCCUCCCCUCCCCCUUUCCCAAAUACACACCAGCGCCUGCGUGCAUUCGCUCUAUAAAUAAGUAAAGGCCAGGGCAGCGGCGAGCAGUGUAGUUACUGUCUGACUGGGCAGGCAGAGUUAGGCAGGCAGAAGAGCCGCUCGCGCGCUGUCCAGCUGUCCUCCAAACCACAGCAUGGCUUGCUUGGACCGAUGCCGCUGCUGCACGGACAACAGGCGUCAUAGCAGCAUCCUUUAUAGCAUCUUAAAGAGCGAGGAGCAGAAGAGGGAGAUCCAGGAGCAGGAGCAGCAAGAGCAACAGGAGCAGCAGCAACAACAGCAGCAGCAGCAGCAACAGGAGCAACAGGAAGAGCAGAAGCAGCAACAGCUGCAGACGCCGCCGCCGCCGCCGCCGAUGGGACGGCCGCAGAGGCUGGGGCAGGGCUGCUCCUGUGGCUCCCAGCGUAGGGUGGCCCUGAAGAGCCCUCAGGUAGCCUGCAAGGCUGCCUCUGCUGUGCUGGUGAAGACACUGCGCUUUGUAAAGAAUGUGCCCUGCUUUCAGGAGCUGCCCCUUGACGAACAGCUGGUGCUAGUCCGAAGCUGCUGGGCACCGUUGUUAGUUCUUGGGCUGGCCCAGGACCGAGUGCACUUCGAAACCGUGGAGACCUCGGAGCCCAGCAUGCUUCAAAAGAUACUGACCACCAGGCGGCGGGAACCCGAUGACCGGGAGCCACAGCUGUCUUCGUCCCCUCCUGCCCUUCCGGAGCCCCUGGCUCUGACUGACCCUUUGCAGCCACCCUCUGCCGCCCAAGUCCAGGCUAUCAAAGGUUUUCUGACGAAGUGCUGGAGCCUGGACAUCAGCACCAAGGAGUACGCCUACCUUAAGGGGACUGUGCUCUUCAAUCCGGACCUCCCAGGGCUGCACUGUGUUCAGUACAUCCAAGGACUUCAGAGGGAAGCACAGCAAGCUUUAAAUGAACACAUCAGGAUGCUUCACAGAGGGCACCAGGCCAGAUUUGCCAAGCUGAAUGUUGCUCUUUCCCUGCUGAGAUCCAUUAAUGCUAAUGUCAUUGCUGAACUUUUUUUUAGACCCAUCAUUGGUACAGUAAAUAUGGAUGAUAUGCUAUUGGAGAUGCUCUGUGCAAAGUUAUAAAAGCAUGCAGAAUAUAAAAAUAAGUUUCAACCUAAAGGAAAUGAUGGAGCAGAAUUAGUGUAAAAUAUUGUAAAAUAAACUAACUUAUUAUUUUUAAAAGCA